CUCUCUCUCAACUCUAUUGAAAAACACUUUCUCUCUCGCCCCCUUUCUCAGCAUCUCUUUGGGACCCAUCUGAAGAUUAGGAUGAUAAGCUGUAGAGUGUGUGUCCUGGCUGCGCUGUUCUCUCUCCUCAUCAUCACCCUCAUUCCCACCACACAAUCGGCGGACUGCUGUCUGAAGUUCACUCAGCGUCCGGUGCACUGCCGAUUGCUGAAAGGCUACACCUUCCAGGACAUUACUUCCUCGUGUGACCUCAACGCUGUCAUCUUCCAGAAUCGAAGAAACAAGUUUGUGUGUGCUGACCCCUCUAUAGACUGGACCAAGAGGGUACUACGCUGUCUGCGCAAGCGUCAGGAGAAGAAAUCCCAACUGAAGAAAAGGGUCUGAACUCAUGUUGCCGUGGAGAGGGCUUUCAUUACAGAACACCAUGUAAUAUAUUAUUGAUAUAAUGUUAUAUUUUACUGAGACAAACAGCAAUAUAUCUCAAUAUACAGAGAGAUUCAUGAAGGUUAAGAUGCUGAAAUCAUUUAAUAUAAGGGAUUAUUUUUCAUCAUAUCUGUGAUUCUGAGGUAGUUUGAGUUUCAUCUCAGUUUGUGUAUAAUAACUGUAUUUAUCAUCGUUGUUGUUCUGUUUUAUAAACAGCAAGUGUAGUAUUUCUGAUACGCAUAUAGAUGUUUUAUAAACAGCAAGUGAUACGCAUGUAGAAACAUUAAAACAUAGUUUUCACACAGAGUACAACAGAAUAUUUUUGUGUUGAUGUUUCAUAUCCUCUCUCCGAUUGAAGCCAGAGAAACCUUUUAACUUUGUAUUUCCAAAGUGUCCAAAUCUGAGUUUUACUGAAGUGUACUUACUUUAAGCUCAGAGCUAUGAAAUA